UGCGUGCAGUGGGUGGUAGUGUUGAGCAUAAUCAGAUCGAGAUUGAAGUGGGAAGUGGGGGUUAGUCGCAACUACAAUUCUCGAAAUCCUCUUGUGCUUGAUCCUUCAUCACAUCAGGUCGAGAGAGAAAACACGAUGAAUUUCUUGAUGCGGUCUACCACACAUGUUUAUUCAGAUAGAGAAAAGUCUUCAACGACUCCAGAACCUCGCGCAGAUGCACCUCACGUGACUUCAUCUUUGGAGAGUCUUAUCUCCGAUGAGGACCCUUACUCGACAGUUGAACAGCUUGACGGAGACGUUGACACCGAAAACGACACUGCUCAGAACUCUAAAAACGACACUCCAGUUCUCGCUAAGCACUUGGAUGUUUCUGAACAUGAAGGAUGUGUUACCAUUCCAUAUAAGGAACUUCCCGAAAACUUGGAUCAUGCGUCAGAUAUUCAGUCCCUGCACUCUCUGGAUCGUUCUUUUCUCUUUCCUGGGGAACAGGUUCAUAUCCUGGCGUGCUUGUCAGCGUGUAAGCAGGAUACGGAGAUUAUUACUCCAUUUAAAGUUGCUGCCGUGAUGAGUAAGAAUGGAAUAGGUCACGGCUCUGAGAAAGAAAAUGGAAAUGUUGAAAACGGAAAUAGUUCAGUGUCUGGAGAAGGGCAUCUGAGUUCCUCUGGCCAAGGGCAGGAUGAGGAAAACCCGGCGAAAGCAAAGAGUGAUCACUCGGCAGAUGUUUCUACCGGUGAAUCACUUCUGAGGAUGGAGGUUCACAAAAGAAAAACUGCAUUGUUGUUGCAAAAAUUCAAGAAUUCUCACUUCUUUGUGAGGAUUUCCGAAUCUGAUGAGCCACUUUGGUCCAAACGAGGUUCUUCGGAAAAGUUUAACUCAUCUGAAACAAAUGACCAAAAGAUCUCAACAGAUGGAAUUACAGAGACUGAAAAAAAUGUGCCUUCUAUUAGUGCAGUUAUUGAUAGAGCAAAUUUUGAUGCAACUAUUUCUGGUGGGGUGGCUAGGAAUUCUGUCAAGUGUUGUGCCCUACCUAAUGGAGACAUAGUGGUUCUUUUACAGGUGAAUGUUGGUGUUAAUUUUCUUAGAGACCCUUGUAUAGAAAUUCUCCAAUAUGAAAAGUAUCAGGAGAAAAUAUUGUCUUCUGGCAACCAAGACAAUUCAGUAUAUACAAAUCCGGAUCCAUGUGGAGAACUAUUGAAAUGGAUACUUCCUUUAGAUAACAACCUUCCACCUGCUUCCCGCCCGUUAUCCCCUCCUCUUUUAUCUUCAAAUUCAGGAAUUGGUAGCACCCCUCAGAGAUCCAAUUCAUCAUCAUCUGGCUCCCAAUUAUUUUCCUUUGGCAGCCAUUUUAGAAGUUACUCCAUGUCAUCGUUACCCCAAAGUACAAAUGCACCUACUGCUCCUUUAAAAGCAGCUAGUUCUAAGCCAAGCUUUGACAUUGAUGAUUGGGAUCCAAUCUCAUCUCAGAAGUUUUUAAGGAAAAAAAAUGGGGUUGAAGAACUUUUAUCUUUUCGAGGUAUCUCAUUGGAGCGAGAACGAUUUUCUGUUUGUUGUGGAUUAGAAGGUAUCCAUACACCUGGAAGAAGGUGGAGAAGGAAAAUUGAAAUAAUACAACCUGUAGAGAUUCAUUCCUUUUCUGCUGACUGCAAUUCAGAGGAUCUUCUGUGUGUUCAGAUAAAGAAUGUUGCUCCUGCACAUGCUCCAGAUAUUGUGAUAUUUAUAGAUGCCAUAACAAUUGUUUUCGAAGAGGCUACAAAAAGUGGGCCACCAUCAUCAUUACCAAUUGCGUGUAUUGAAGCUGGAAAUGACCAUUCUUUACCAAAUUUAGCCCUCAGGAGAGGUGAAGAGCAUUCUUUUAUCCUUAAACCUGCAACUUCUAUGUGGAAGAAUCUUAAGGUUCAGGACGAAAGAAGUUCCCAAUUUUCAAAGUUACAAUCUUUGGACUCAGCAUCAAAAUUAAGUCUUUCCUCCACAAGUCUUGACAGAAAGAAGAUUGCUUUAAUUGACGAUCAGUAUGCAAUUAUGGUGUCAUGUCGAUGCAAUUAUACUGCAUCAAGAUUGUUCUUUAAGCAACCAACCAGUUGGAAACCACGUACAUCGAGGGAUAUUAUGAUCUCUGUUGCAUCUGAGAUGUCAGGAGAGUCUCCUGGACCUUAUGAAAGAAAUUCCCAACUUCCCGUGCAGGUUUUAACUCUUCAAGCUUCAAAUUUGACAUCUGAAGAUCUAACUUUGACAGUUCUUGCUCCAGCCUCUUUUACUGCACCCCCUUCAGUGGUCUCUCUGAAUUCACCUGCCACUCCAAUGAGUCCUUUUAUUGGUUUUGCAGAGUUUUUGGGAAGGAGAAACAGUGAAAGACAUAUAAGUGCCACCCAGGGGCAGAGUUUCACUUCUCUAAUUAAAGAAAAUGGGAAACAAAGUGAUGAUGGGCGACCUCAGACAGUUUCUAUGAGUGAUGAUGUUAUUCCUAGUUCUGGCGUGAGCUGUACACAUUUGUGGCUGCAGAGUAUAGUUCCACUUGGGUGUAUCCCAUCUCAAUCCACAGCCACCAUUAAGCUUGAACUAUUUCCAUUGACUGAUGGCAUAAUUACACUUGACUCUUUGCAAAUUGAUGUCAAAGAAAAAGGUGUUACCUACAUUCCUGAACGCUCAUUAAAGAUAAAUGCAACUUCAAGCAUUUCCAAGGGGAUUAUUUAGAAACGAGUUGGGCUGGUUGCAUUUCGUCAAACAUGUUAUCCGGUGCAGUAGAAGCAAAUAUGGGUGAUUUGUUUACCUGGAUUUCAGAAUUGCUCUUGCGACUUACUCUCAGUGGCACAAAGGUAUUUUCCAUUAUUUGUAGCAUUGUGAUGGAGUUGACGUGUCAAUUUUUUUAGAAAUAAAGCUUCACCUUUGUAUUGUAAACGACGAGAUUAAAAUUCAUGAUUGUUACAUACCCCUUAAAGGGGGAAAAUGUAAUCUUUAUAGAUAAAUCUAUUUUUUGUGAAGAUGUACGUAUAUGACUCUUCUGAGUGAAAGCAAUGAAUUGCCUCUCGAAUCAUAGCAUUGGACAGCUGCAAUUUAGUGCCUUUCAAAUUGGUCAUCAGA